AGCGGCAGUCCCUCACUCGGAUGUAACGUUAAGGUGCGCUUCACCCUCAAAGGUGAAAACUCCUGAAGUCGGUACGAUGGAUUAUGUCUGACCAACAGGCAGUCAUUUAUGACAAAAAUAAAACAUGUUGAAGCACCGGUGCAUUGUUGGAGAAAAGGCCGAUUAAAGUGAAAGUGUUACUACUUACGGUUUCUAAUGACUUUCACCUUUUCUCAUACUCUCCUCGUUCUCAUCAAGGUCUCGUUUUUUCUGUUUCAAAUGCCACUUUUCUCAUCCUGUCUUCCCUCGCUAUGGCUCUUAAGUUGGGGGUCCUAAUCUUUCUUUCUAUGAACUAAUCAAUCUGUCACACCGCUGACUAUAUCUUUAUUCUCUUCAGCUAUCCUCUCUUUUCCUGUUCUCCGUCUCCUUCUCCUCUCCUCUCUUUCUUCUUCUCCUCUCUUGUCACCUGUCAUGUCUGUAUCCAUGAGGAACCCACCCCAGCGCCGCCGCUCAAUGGGCCCAGUCUCGCCCAAACGCAUCUAUAGAAACCUGUCCGUCAGACUGAGGGGUGGAGAGUCAUCGGUUGCCGGGGAAAUGGACACACCCAAACACAUCAGCAAGUCUGCAGAUGCUUACAAGACCCUGUGGGAGGCCGUGGAAAAUGAGGACACUUUGGCUGUACAAAGCUUGCUGUCCAGAGACCACACCAACUGUGGAGGAGGAGGAAGCAUGUGGGAGAGAGGAGAGAAGAAAGAGAAGGACUGGGAGAGAGAGAGGGAGAAGGGGGUGAACAGGGUGAGUGAACAAGGCCUGGUCCCCCUGGACGUUGCUGCCCUUACCCACAAUUCCCCUCUGCUCCAUGUGUUGACAAAGGCGGGAGCCAGACAUAACCCUGUUUUGUGCCAACCAGCAGAGUGGGCACUUAAGCUGGAUGCUCUGGUGGCACUGGCGGGUAAACAGGUGGAGGAGAGGAAGAAGGAGAUAUUGAGGAAGGUAGGGGCAGGGCCUCAGGCACAGGCUGACGUCCAGAGACAUAUCCACCUCUGGAGCCUCAGGCUGCAACUGUACUGCCGGAUGAGACGGAACUUCCAAAAGACAGAGCUCCCUGGGCCUCCCAGUCACGUGUCCUUACUGGUGACCAGCACAUCCUCUCUGUUUGUGGCAAUCAAAGAGCCAGAAGGUGACACCAUGGGGCUCAUCACCCGCUACAGAGUGGAAUGGAGCACCUCAGCCAGCUUCAAACGCAUCCUUGCCUCAGCCCAAGUUACGGAGACCAAGAACCCAUCUCAUAGUAUCAAGGGACUCACAUCAGGAGUGCAUUACUUUGUAAGAGUGAGUGCCUACAAUGUGAAGGGAUGGGGCCCACCUCAGUGCUCUACUCCAGUCAGCGCUGCCCCCUCCAGUUGGAGAGAGUGCAUCGGUGUGAAGUCACAGUUCAGAAAUCAUGAGGGCCUUGUGAGGAAACUGCUGGAAGAUGCCAGAGAACCACAUUACAGAGGCUACUGCAUAGAGAGCUCAAAGCCCCAGAGUCCCAGCAAGCGUCUGUCUGUGUCUCGAGGCAUCAAACAACUGUUCCAGUCCGCCACCAAGUUUGUUCGUCUCCUACAGAGGGGCGUGUACUUGGCUACUGUGUUCUACCACAAGGAAAACAUCCUGGUGACAGCUGAAGAUCAAAUCCCACUGAUGGAGAUCCAGUGCUGCUCAACCGCCAUCACCCACGACUUUCUUUGGUUUGCAAAGUUGUCCUGUGCAUGGCAACAAGUGCCCUGGCUCCAGCAGGCCCUUUCCUCUGCUCAUUCAUCUCCCUCCUCCCUCCUUCAGAACAGGCACAACAUUUUAAGAGCUGUUUCCCAGCUUCAAUCUUCCCUGGGAACAGUGGACCUGGGCCAGGUGUACUACGAACCUCUGAAAGACCGGCAGGGCAACGUCUUACUAGUGACUCUGAAGGAGUUCCCAAACCCUCCCAGCCCUCCUGACCCUCCGCUCCACUGGAUGCCCCUGGCCCGCCUGGAAAAGAACCGCAGCAGAACUCCUCUGCUGCCUGAGCCCACUGCUAUGGACAUGCUCUAUGAGCAGCUCAAGGAGAAACUAUCCUUCCACAGGCACAGCAUUCAGUGGACCCAGCCGGGUCUAUACGUAGGCAUCCUGAAACUGUGCAGCUCAGUAGAUCAGAUCAGGGUCCUGGUACCUCAGAGGCUGCCCAAUGUACUCUGCCACACACGGAUCCGACACAAUGCCCAUGUGUCCAGAGAGGAGUGGGCAUGGCUUCAGAGUCAUGUUUACACCACAGCCAAUGGCAGUGUUCAAAACCUGUUGAGCGGCGUGGACGAGAACUUGAUGGAGAGCAGCGGGCUGGUGGACUUCGUCAGGUCUCUGAGAGCAGCAGUCACACAUCUCCUGACAAAGCUCAACAUCCCCCUCUACAGGGCGUAUCAGUAUGGUGUGUACACCCGGGAGCUGCUGCAGUUUGGAGACAAGCUGUCCAUGCUGCUGCUGCUGCCUCCCAGUGAGGACUUCAGCUCCAGCUACUGGCCUCUGGUGGGGACCAAGGAGCCUGGGCUCACCAUGCCCCUGCAGAUCUUUGAGCUGGUUCACUUCUGGACGUAUGAACGGGACUUCCUGUCCCAGUACUGCCAGGCCUGGGUGAGGCUGGAGCUGGACACUCAUCUGGCGCAGCAGGCUCUGCGGGAGGCGCUGGACACCAGGGAGGUGCGGGAAGCCCAAGAGCGACUGAACCACAUCACUGAGCUUUCCCAUCAUCUGAAUGUGGUGUGGAGGGGUGCCCGCUGGAUUAUGGACUGUCUACAGUGCGUUCGGUCCAAGCAGUGGGUGGGGGCGGUGCCUCUAGGCCUGGUGAUGGGAGGAGACCCGCCGGCACGUCCUGAUGGUGAGGAAGAGGAGGACAGUUUGACUGCCAGACUGUCAUGGCCCCAUCGGAUACAAGCACAGAGAGCCAUUACAGAGUGUUUAGUCAGUGUGACUGCACCAAACGUUGUCACCGCCGAGGUCUCCGCUCCAGCGGGAGUCAUGGUUGUCCCUGAAGAGGACGAACUGGUGUUAACGGAGGGCGUGGCGAAGGGAGGAUACCCUGUAGACAUCGCCGCCCAAUCAACUGUAGACUUGACAAGCAUCGGCCCGUCAGAAUUAGGAUGUGCAAGCACUUUAAUCAAAUCUGGACUAGAGCCUGCUGCUGUUGGACAGUUGGAAAUUGGGUAUACAAUUUUGGACGCACAGGAAUCCAACAGCGGGGAACAGGACUUUCCUUCCAGCAUCACCGAGGUAAUCCGGCCAAUGGAGAUGGCAGAGUUGGUGGACAUCUUGCCCACGCUGAGUCUUACUGAGGAGAAGACCCCCAGUGGCCUGUCCACACCAUCAGUGAUGGAUAUGCUAGAGAGCUUUGGACUGGGGAUUGGUGAAAACAACUCAUUCUUUGACUUCGAGAAUUCAAGCUUGAUCAAUGGAGCCGGGUGUCUGUCACAGGCCAACUGUAACAGCAGCAGCAGUGUGAGAGAGACGCACUGUGAGAAUACUGUGUUACAAGGACAAGACAUGUCUGCCUCUCAUGCCAUGGUGAAUGCCACAGGUGACGUGCCUGUUCUGAGCUGGGAUUUUCCUCCAGAGGCUACAGAGUCUCAGCAGGUUCCCAGCAAGGGAGCAUGCUUUCCAGUGAGAAACCAUGUGGAGUGGGACAGACCCUCUAACAGCUCAUCCUGAUAUCGACUCAAGUACCAGGCUGUUUCAAACUUGUAUCAAGUUAAAACCAGUCAGUAGGCUGCAGCACAGUUGAUUUACAGACAGAAAAUCCAAGUUUCUAAGUGGCUUGGAAAUGACAUUUUUCUUGAUUCCUGACUGUCGAUCAGUGUCCACCUGCACAGUAAAUAUUAACUGGUGUGGAGGAAAAUUCAAGCGACAUCUAGAUACUACUUCAUCUAACACAUCGUUACAACUGAUCUAAUGAUGGAUGUGGGAAAUGAAAAAAAAAGACACCAUAACUAGACAUGAUUUAUGUCGUUUGCACGUUUCUGUUUAGUUUGUCUUUUCUAUUGUUCAGUCUAUCAGAGCUUCGUGUGUGGAAAAACUAAGCUAUAGUAGGAGUUUUUAUGACUUGAAUAUCCAUCACUCACUACAGCACGAAGCAACACUGCUGCUUGUUGGAACUAGUAAACAAACUCAUUAAAUGCAUACGAUUCAGUAAAAUGGAAGUGUUUGCUUUGCAGUCUAUGAACAGCUGGUAUACUGCACGUGUAAUCGAAUAGUUGUGGUUCUCUUUGGUUUACCUGUGUGCACUUUUGGCAUUCCAUAACAAAACAGUAGCAAGAUUUAUAAUCCUGUUGAUUAUACAUUAACCGCCGUGGGGCCCUACCAGUUCUGCCAAUUCUGGUAGCCAAGUUCCGCUUCAGCUGAAACCUGGAUAUCUCAUAUAUCUGAGAGAAAAAACCCAACUCAGACAGAGAAGUCUAAAGACAAAAUGUGGCUGCUCGUGAUGUCAACCUACGGUUGUGAGAAGGACGUAGAGGAUGAUUUCUUCUUUAGUUCCUUCAGUUAGUUUCAGUUAUUUGCCUGCAUUUACCUACUUAGUAGCAUGCACAGUACAAAAAAAUGUUUUCUGGGUCUCAGUUUGUUAAGGAAGCCAUUCAAAGUUUGGUAGAGUGAUGCCUUAAAGGGAAUUACCACAGGAAGAAUGGAGACUAAAGUGACUGCAUAAAAGGCUGUGGAGAAAUUUUAGGUGUGUGUGACGAGUGGCAAGUGAGGUGGUUUUCCUGGUUAAAACUCUCUGCUAUAGUUUCUUUACAACAGACCUGUGACAUUAAAUGAUAGGCAAACUGAACAUACAACAAUAAAAUACAGUUGAGAUAGAAUAGAUUGGAAUAGCUUUUAGCUCAGUGCCUUUCAACACAAGUUAAUAUGGUUAUUUUUACUGGGCUGUAAAAAAAAAACAACUUUGGAUUUCAUCUUGCAUUGCCAUAGUUUUGUAUUAUUAGGGAGGUAUUAUCUUUAGUAGGAAUAAAAUAAGUACCAUUUAAACAUUGGUCAUUAUGUAUUAAAAAGUGUUACGUGAGUUCAAACUGCCCAAACUAAUGUUGUUAAAAAUCCCAUUAAAUACUGCCUGUGAGGCUUUCA